UUUGACAUUUCACAACUUGCAAAGGAAAAAACAAAUUUGCGCGUGUCGUAAAAGAAAAAAUAUAAAAUUUAAUUAAUUUCACGCUUGUGUAAAAAUAAAAUAAAUAUUUACCCUUCGAAAUGCCUAAACGUGGAGGGCAGCGAAAUAAUUAUAAUAACAAUGGAAACAGAUUUGGUGGAUUAAGCUCAUAUUCUGAUGAACACGAUGAUCGGGCGAAGGAGAGGUCAACUACUCGACGAGUUAGUUUUAAGCCUUCUAGCUUACACCAGAAUAAACCUGGUUAUAAUAGACGAAUGGCCGAAAUGGCCAUUCAUUCUAGAUUGGAAGAUGAUGAUGAUAUGAAUGAGUUUAUGGGAGGGUCAAGAUUUGAUAUGGGCCGUUCUGAUCGAGGGGGAAGGAGAAAAGGAUCGCCGAUACCUCGAGGAAAGUUUGGAGGCAGGAAACUCUUAGCAAAUUCUCUUGGAUGGUAUCAAGUUACGAUAAACGUUGGCCAAAAAUACAACAAGGAUGAUCUUAUUAGACAAAUUCUAACCACAAUUUCUCCAGAAAUAUUUAUUCCUCUCUAUUGGCGCACAGAAAAACAUGGUGUAAUUUUCUUUGUGACCGACUAUCGUAUUGCUGAGAUACUUCAAAAUGCCGAUCGAAAUAUUAUUAUGUACGAUGGGUUCAAAUUACCAGUGCGAGUACGUCCUGGGACUCCUCAAGUGCCGAUCGAUGAAGCAUACAAAGAAAAGAUAAAACUAGCUAUGGCCAAACGCUACAAUCCCAAUACCAGAGCUCUCAAUCUCUCGAAAUUCCAUGCAGAUGAAGAUUUUAAAGAAAUGUUUUUAUCUCUGGCACGUGCACCAAUUAUGUCUGCUGUAAUUGAUAUCAUCGAAAAAAACAUUCCCGAAUUAGAAGCAUUAAAUCUGAAUGACAAUCAAAUGGUUACAAUGGAGAGUUUUAAAAACAUUGCACAAAGAUUGCCGAAUUUGAAAAUUUUGUAUCUUGAAGAAAAUAAAAUUCCAUCAUUAGCACAUCUAUUGGUAUUCCGAAGUGCAAACAUUACAGAAUUGGCCCUCAAAUUGAAUCCAUUGCGAAAUCGUUAUAAAGAUCAAUCGCUUUAUAUCAGUGAAGUUCGCAAAAAGUUUCCAAAACUUGUCAAAUUGGACGGUCGAGACUUGGAGCCACAAAUUCUAUUUGAUGUACAUGACACAGGAUCACUGCCAAAGCCCAAGGCAUCAUUUUUAUGUGAUACAUCGGGAGCGGAAAUUAUCCGACAAUUUUUAGAGCAAUAUUUCAUUAUAUUCGAUUCUGAUAAUCGGCAACCUCUUUUGGAUGCAUAUCAUGAGCAAGCAAUGUUAUCUAUUUGUUUGCCACCCGUAAGUCAGUGUGGAAGACUUGCAGCAUUUUGCAAACUUAAUCGUAAUUUAAGAAGAUUGAACAACGACAACGAUAAAUGGCGCCUCGUUAAGUACGGACGUUUGCCAGUUGUUUCAACACUCACAGAAUGGCCAAAGACGCUGCAUGAUCCACAAUCGUUUACCGUUGAUUUAACUUUGUUUACUCCAAAACUGCUUUCUUUUACCGUGGCUGGACUUUUUAAAGAAUUUGAUGUUGAUACAGGCGCAAGUACAAGUACCGGAACUCCCAAUAACACAGAGAUUCGUUAUUUCCAAAGACAAUUUAUAAUCGUGCCAGCAGGAAGUGGUUUUUGUAUUAGAAACGAGUUAGUAUUUCUUACAAGUGCAACAUUUUCACAACAAAAGAGGGCUUUUAAGCCACCAGCAGAGAUCGCCCCAGCAACGAACAACCAGCCAAUGGGCCUUCCUCCUUUGCCAAGUGCUGGGGGGCUACAAAACAGAUUACAAGUCGGCCAGCCAUCUACGCCGCAAGUUGCUGUUAUGGCUCCACAAAUAGCUGCUGGCAGCAUUAUACCCGAUGAAGCUACAAAAUUACAAAUGAUUCAAGCAAUGAGCACGCAAAGUAACAUGAAUCUGGAAUGGAGUAGAAAGUGCCUUGAAGAAACUAAAUGGGACUUCAAUCACGCUGCCUUUGUGUUCGAUAAACUACAAAAAGAGAAUAAGAUACCAGCUGAGGCGUUUAUUAAAUAAAUUCGUUAACAAAAUAAAAUAUAUCGUGUCCUCAGAUUUUGUA